AUGACGGGUGAGUUGAGGUCGACUAAGAAGAGGAAGCAGGAGGCGCAGUCUAGUAAGCUGGCGGCCGUGUCCCCUCCCCCUAUCUCGUUCCCAUCGGACCAGGCGCGGCGCCCCGCGCUGCCACGUCGGCGGCGAGGUGAUAAGGGCAGCCCCGACGCCUCGGGCUCCCUCCCCACUCGCCCACUCCACCCAGCUCUUCCUCUCCGCCUUCCCCUCUCCCCACCAGAUCCCCUUACAUCCCUCCCCCAACAUCUUCGUCGCCGCCCGCCGUCGUCCACACAACCACCGAUCGCCUCUCAUCUCGCCGGUGUGUCCAGGAGCAUCCUCAUCCUUGCCUACAUCGUCUACAUCGACCCGUUCGAGCUCAACAUCGCCACCACGUGGAUCGGCCCCGUCUUCCUCGUCUUCGCCCCGCUGGCCGUCGUCAUCAACCACCUUCUUCAAUCUCUGCCGUCGGCGAUCUCCUUCGAUCUGCUACCGUUCGUCCACCCCGGCGUCCACGAGCCGUCCACACGACCUCACAAUGGUGGAGUCCAGGAGCCAGAUGCCACCUUUGACGACUGCUACUACCCCGAGGGCGCCUGCUACCACGUGAUGGAGACUGUCGAUGACCAGGAGUAGUUAGGAGGCUCCCAGGCAGGAGGCCUUGCCUUUUUGAUCGAUGUUGCUUUUGUGCUAGCCUUCUUA